AUGGAAACUUUCAUCGCAUUGGACAACAAUGAUUUCUGUCGACUACAAUUGAACACAGGCCAACGAAAAAAAAUUCAAAAAUACCAAACUCAGCUGCUUGAGAAAUACAAUGCUGUUCCUGUUGAAGAAGACACAGAAAAGCUAGAAGAUAUUAUUGAAGAGGAUUAUCUGUCAGAUUUUGAACAAGCUGGACCUUCUAUUUCGUUAGAAAAGGAAUUCGAUAUCGAUUUAAUUUUCAGGCAGUCUGCUGAAGGCUUGCGCAUAAUGGAGUUGCUCAGACAAGAAAAUUCAGUCGACUUCAAAUUGAUCAAGUCUAUUACAACGAUUCUAAGUGAAUACUUGGUCAAAAGAUUCGGAUACCACCCUAAUGCGCAUUACAAAGAUGUAAUUGCCAAAUCCUUGGUACGAAGAUAUGAAAUGUUGUCCACCAGUGCCGCCUGUCCUCAGGCAUUAUGGUUCUACCCUAACGGCCGAGGACCAGGCAAACAUAGUGGGAAAAUUCACUAUCACAUUGAGUACAUGGUGAAAAAAGACAAACAACAAAUUCAUCAACCAAGGCGUCUCGGUGACGUGCAUGAUGGUGAUGACAUCGAUGUGGCACAGGGCACUGCAAAUCAGGAUGACUCUUCAAUAAUUGACAAGCUAAAGUACAUUGUUCCAACUGACGCAUCGCUGAAUGCAAUUAUGAGCGACUGGGUAAAAACAUUCGAAACCAGGAAGAAAAUCAGGGACAGCGGUGACGAUAGUAACAUUGUUGACCAACUACUUGAUGCUUUUCCUUUGAUGACUGAGUAUAACGGAUCGCUGAUCACGAUGGAUUUUGAACUGAUGUUUUUCCAAAGCUGUGGACUUCCAUGAAACAUGGGACAAUUUUGAAACCAAAAUUGUCACUAAACACCAUAAUCUGCACCCAUACAUCAAAUCUCAGUUUGUUCGGGCACUGGUCAUUGUAAAAGAGAAAAAUCCUUCACGUGGGGCCAAGCGGUCAAUCAAAGGACCACAGAAAAACCUGAACUUACUCGAUCAUAUCGCCGAGUGGAUAAAUCCUGAAGACGACAUCGAACAAUUUGCUUCUGGGUAUUCGAAGACAAAGCAACCGAUACUCGUCAUCAAGGCACCGCAGUAUGAAGAGGGAGCAUCAUACAUCCUGUUCGACAGGCGUGUGUUUCCG